CACACACAAAGUUUUGCAAUAGGAUAGUUGGUCGCUGUGCUGAAAAUCUUCCAGAACCUGUUCCUGACCAACGCUCCUAAGCACAGAUCUAGGAUCAGCUCAUCCUCAUCAAAUCCAAACCAAGACCUUAUUAAACCAAAAGGGGAACACUAACCUCAGACCAGCGAUUAAACCCCACGUCUUCCUGCCAAGACACUGACACUCCGUCCAGAAUUCCUCUGGACUCCAGCCGUCCAUCCAUCCAUCCAUCCAUCCACACCCCAGCCAGCCAGCCAUGGGUCUGAUGGGCGAGGACAUGGAGUGCUGUGUCUGCCUCCAGCCCUACUCUCGCAGGGAGAAGAUCCCUCGGAUGCUCCACUGUAAGCACACAUUCUGUGGGCUGUGCUUGCAGGCGAUGUCCAGGCUCCAAAGCGGCCUACUGACAGUCUGCUGCCCCCUGUGCCGUUGGAUCACCUGCACCGAACCCAGCCUCACCCUGCCGGGGUCGCUGUGGGUUAACACUGAGAUCUGGGACCAGAUUCUAGACAGACAACAGGAAGAGGAGGAGGAGAAAGAGGAGGAAGAGUGGAAGGGAGCUAACAGACAGACACGGACCACCACACAGUACAGAUGUUCUCCAUCAAGGCAUUGUGGCCUGAGGCUCAAACUACAGAAUUUCCUGAGGAGGAUGAAGCACAAUGUACUGUAAACUGAGAAGACGAAGAGCAGAAAAAGAAGACUGGAAUUUCCCAUUUCAGAGCAGGAGAUACUCAUUGAGUAAUGAAGCUAAUUCAUAAAACAGGACCGACCGGUGAUUUUCCAUAAUGAAGCAAGAUUGAACCAAUUAUUCAUAUGCUUUGUGUUUGAUUGACUUUGGGAAUGUGUAAUGUUCUCAGUCAACUUACCUGGUAAAAUAACGGUUACAUUAUAAUGUUAAUUAUACAGACAGACAGACAGACAGACAGACAGACAGACAGACAGACA